AAGGAAGAGAGUGAAAUGGCGGCAAAGCAAAUGGAAGAGAUACAGAAGAAAUUGGCAAUGCUUAAUUAUCCAAGAGCAAAUGUUCCAGCACAAUCCCUCCUCUUCGCUGGCAUGGAGAGAUACUCCCUUCUGGAGUGGCUUUUCUUCAGGCUCUUGGGUGAUAAGUCGCCCUUUUCCCAACAAAACUCUCAAGGUGAUGGCGUGGACCGUGAUGAAGAAACAGGGCGGAUCCAGUAUUUGGCAGAGAUUGCAAAGUUUUUGGGUAUUACAUCUACUAUAGAUACUGAAGCUAUCCAAGGGCGAGGUAGCUAUGAAGAUCGUGCUGAAAUGCUUCGACUUAUUGUAGAUCUUGUGGAGGCAAGCUGCUAUGCUGAUAACUCUGAAUGGAGUGUGGAUGAGCAAGUGACAAAGGACAUACAACUUAUAGAUUCCAUUGCUGAGAAACAAGCUCAAAUUUUCUCUGAAGAAUGCAAGCUGUUUCCUGCUGAUGUUCAGAUUCAAUCCAUAUUCCCAUUGCCGGAUGUUUCUGAAUUGGAAUUAAAGCUUUCAGAACAGUCAAAGAAGCUGUUGAAUCUUCAGCAGAUGGUUGAUGAUUUGGCAUCAAAGUAUGCUUACAAUCCAGAUGAGGAUUAUCUAGACGUUGAAGCAAAACUGAGGGAGCAUCUGGAAUCUUUUCUCGGGACUGCAAGAACCUUCAAUCUGAUCUACACCAAGGAAAUUCGUCCAUGGACCCAUAUGAUGGAAGUACCACAGUUGCAUGGCUUUGGGCCAGCUGCCAAUCGCUUGUUGGAGGCUUAUAAAACACUUUUGAAGUUUCUGUGGAACUUGAGGAAUCUCAAAGAUUCACAUGCUGCUGUUGCCGUAGGAUCAGCUGAAUCCGCAGCAGAUGAACCCUCUUCUGUCACAAGAAUAAUUGCUGAGUGUGAGUCAGCAUUGACAUUUUUGAAUCGUGAUCUUGGGAUCCUUUCUGCUUCUGUUGCUCGAGAACAAGGUGAAGAGGCAAACUAAGAUGUAGAGUCCCCAGCAUGUGGGUGCAUGUACAUACUGUCUAACUCUCUUCAGGACAAGUUUGUAAAUGGAAUGUUCUGUUUUAUUAUAUUUGGUUAUGACCGGAAUGAGCAUUAAUUGCUGGUUUAAUUAGAGAAAUGCACUCAACUUAACUAAUCCUUUUCCCAACUAAA